GCGGCUAUGCCGGCUCCGGGGCUGGACUUCUGAACCCACCCCACGACACCGCCGGCCUCGAACUGGGAGGGGGCGCCAGCGCACCCAGGACACGGUGCCUCAGGGGACCCCACUCCACGCUGCAAACUCAGGCCCCCCGCCUCCCCGGGCCAUACGCACCCCCGCGCCCGUUCGCAGCUGCCAUCCCGGGAGUUUCAAGGGCUCCGGCAAAGAUCUGCGCCUCCCGGGUCUCCCUACCCGCCAACCCGACUGCGCCGCAUCGCCACCGCUGGCCCCAUCACACUCCGCUCGGCAGCCGGCUCCAGCGAACUUGAUCUCUCACCUCCUCGGCCCCAUCACCUCCAUCCCCUUUCCCCCCGUCUCGCCUCCACCCCCCCAAUUUCCUCCUCCUCGCCCCUCAUUUCCACCCUCCUCCCCCUCCCCCGGCCACUUCGCUAACUUGUGGCUGUUGUGAUGCGUAUUCCCGUAGAUCCGAGCACCAGCCGGCGCUUCAGCCCCCCCUCCAGCAGCUUGCAGCCCGGCAAGAUGAGCGACGUGAGCCCGGUGGUGGCUGCGCAACAGCAGCAGCAGCAACAACAGCAGCAGCAGCAGCAGCAACAGCAGCAGCAGGAGGCGGCGGCGGCGGCGGCAGCGGCGGCGGCGGCAGCAGCGGCGGCGGCCGCCGUACCCCGGUUGCGGCCGCCGCACGACAACCGCACCAUGGUGGAGAUUAUCGCCGACCACCCGGCCGAGCUCGUCCGCACCGACAGCCCCAACUUCCUGUGCUCCGUGCUGCCCUCGCACUGGCGCUGCAACAAGACUCUGCCCGUGGCCUUCAAGGUGGUAGCCCUCGGCGAGGUACCAGAUGGGACUGUGGUUACUGUCAUGGCGGGUAACGAUGAAAACUAUUCUGCUGAGCUCCGAAAUGCCUCUGCUGUCAUGAAAAACCAAGUAGCAAGGUUCAACGAUCUGAGAUUUGUGGGCCGGAGUGGACGAGGCAAGAGUUUCACCUUGACCAUAACUGUCUUCACAAAUCCUCCCCAAGUAGCCACCUAUCACAGAGCUAUUAAAGUUACGGUGGAUGGACCCCGGGAACCCAGAAGGCACAGACAGAAGCUUGAUGACUCUAAACCUAGUUUGUUCUCUGACCGCCUCAGUGAUUUAGGGCGCAUUCCUCAUCCCAGUAUGAGAGUAGGUGUCCCGCCUCAGAACCCACGGCCCUCCCUGAACUCUGCACCAAGUCCUUUUAAUCCACAAGGACAGAGUCAGAUUACAGACCUAGGAAGCUCUUUUGAGAGAUCCGCUUGGCCUGGAGUUUGUACCUCCAAGAAGCCCCGUAGUGAUACAUCAAAAGACCCCAGGCAGGCACAGUCCUCCCCGCCAUGGUCCUAUGACCAGUCUUACCCCUCCUACCUGAGCCAGAUGACGUCUCCAUCCAUUCACUCCACCACCCCGCUGUCUUCCACGCGGGGUACUGGGCUUCCUGCCAUCACUGAUGUGCCCAGGCGCAUUUCAGCUCGAAGCCGUUACUCACUCCGCUGAGUUGCAUCACUGACAAGCUGAAGCUCCACCAGCAGGCUUGCAGGUUUUGAUUAGUUCAGACUCCUUUAUUUCUUUCAACUUGGGAGGAGGGAAGGCUUUGUUUCUCAAGCAAAUAGCAGGAAAGGGCUCUCUGGUCCUAGUGCCUUCCUAUAUUCUGCAGCAGAUGGACUCCCAUGGGGGUGAGUAGGGAAAGAGGAGGGGCGGAGGGAGAACGUUGAGGUUCUUUUGGAAAACCAUGUUUCCACUUUUCAUUAUGACUGCUAUUUUAUGAAUCAUGUAUUUAUUGGGGAAUUGUGCAGAGUACAGAAUAUUAGUUAUCAUUUCCCUUGAUUGGAAUCAUUAUCUCCUUUAGGCCAACAUCAGCUAAAGACAUGGGAAAGAAUGAGUAAGGCAUAGGGGAGCCAGUGAGGGCUAAUGUAGGAUAGAAGGCACAGUAUUUGAUGGUGUUGAGUUAGUCUGGUCAUUCCUUCCAUAUUUCAAACUGAGAGUUUGUUUUGUUUUACAUAGUGCCAAAAUAACACUUGGACAGAACAGACUGUGCAAGCUUGCUUCUGGUUUAGGGUCCCCGGGGCUCCCAUCUGCCCGACCCUCUGUGGCUGAAACAUUGGCUGUUUGUACCCUUGCAGUACCUAGAGGAAAAACCUCCGGGAGGGACUGUAGUUUUAGAGAUGCGCAUCUAUAGAAUUUUCCUGCUGGGGUGUCUGCAUAUGUGAAUUCAACAGGAAAACCAGUAGAAAAGGGACCUAGCAAAUGACACUGAAAAAGUGCUACACAAAUGGGUAGUACUUAUUGUUUAUCAAGGAGCCCUGGUGGCACAAUGCUUAAGCGCUCAGCUGCUAACUGAAAGGUCUGCAGUUCAAUCCCAUCAGCGGCUUCACGGUAGGAAGACGUGGCAAUCUGCUUCCAUAAAGAUUACAGUCUCAGAAACCCUAUGGGGCACUUCUACUCUGUCCUGUAGGGUCGCUGUGAAUCAGAGCCAACUGGACAGCAACAAGUAUUUCUUUUUUUAUUGUUUUAUCAUUCACAUGGUGAUUUAGAUCAGCCCGAUUAUUUUGAGUCAAUUUACUGGUGAUUACUUAAAACAUGUCCAUAAGCCAGUGUAGCACAACUCUUUUCAUUCCACAGAGGAGGAGGAAGAAGUAGACACGUUAAUUAUCCAGCCCUAUGCUCACCUGAGGCCAAAGGCAGGCAGGAAACUCUGCUUUAAACUAGUUUAAAAUUGAACUUAGUCCAGUUUUUUCCUCCUGCCCCAAACAUUUCUGUGAGUUGUUACUGGUGAAGUAACGUGGUGCCAGGGUGGGAGGUUCUGUAUAAACAUUAAAGAGAAGAGAACAGAAAAUCCCUCUUGUCAGCAUAUAGGGAAAUAGCAAGAAACAACUAGACCUGGACUGUCAGGGAACUGGAGGAGCCCUGACUGACCUGACCUUGUUCUUGGUGUGGGGCUGUGCCAGGACACAGAGCGCUGACUGCUAGACUCAUGGGAUCAAGUCAUUUGGAAUAAGCACCGUUUUUUGCUUCCCCGGGAACUGGUGCUUAGCACCGCGCCCCGCCCCAGGAGCAGCCUGUCUGUAGGUUUUCAGGUGCCAGGCUACAUAGUUCUAUCCUAUUAUUCCCUUCAGUAUCUAAAACUAUCCCUAGAGUCCGUGACAUAGAGCCAUCCUACGAAUGAGAUGUAAUAAUGAGGUGGAUUUUUGGUUUGCUUUUUUUUUUCGGUGCUUUAGUAACUAAGGAGCCUGGUGGUUCAAUGGUUAAGAGCUCAGCUACUAACCAGAAGGUCAGCAGUUCAAAUCCACCAGCCACUCCUUGGAAACCCUAGGGGGCAGUUCUACUCUGUCCUGUAGGGUUGCUAUGAGUCAGAAAUAACUGGACAGCAAUGGGUUAAUAACUAAAAUCCUUUGGAUUGAGUCCAUUUCUGUGCCACUAGUCUUCGUUAGAAGCCCUGGUGGUGCAGUGGUUUAAGCGUUUGACUGCUAACCAAAAGGUUGGCAGUUCAAAUUCAGCAGCCACUCCUUGGAAACCUUAUGGGGCAAUUCUACCCUGUCCUAUAAGGUCUCUGUGAGUUGGAAUUGACUUGAGGGCAACGGGUUAGUCUUCAUUAUAUAAGAAGCCCUCAUGGGACAAUGUUAAGCACUGAGCUGCUAACUGACAGGUUGGCAGUUUGAACCCACCAGUGGCUCCAUGGGGAGAAGAGACCUGGUAAUCUUUUCCUGUAAAGAUUUGCAGCCUAGGAAACCCAGUGGGGCAGUUCUGCUCUGUCCUGUAGGGUUGCUGUGAGUCAGAAUAGAUGCAAAGACACACAACAGUCUUUGUUAUACUCCUUGUUAUGCUCAAAUAAUGCUAUUUCCCCAUAGUUACAUGGACAGCUAAAAUAUUAACUCCCAUUCCCACCCCCAAGCAGUCCUAUGGUCAUGUUCUGAGCUGCUUUCUAGAACAGUUCAUGUUUUUGUGUAGAGGAGACUGUUCUCAUCUUCCUAUCCAAAGGGAUGCUCAAAAUAUUCUCAUAUGAUCUAGAGUGAGAAAAAAUAAAAUUCAUCACGGCUCUACAGUAGAAUUGAAGGUUCAGAUCCAGGUUUGAAUCCCAGCCCAUCAACUUACCAGGCAAGUUUCUGACUCAUCUAAAACUUAGUCUUACUAUUUGUGAAAUGGGGCUAUAAUACUGACCUCUUAGGGUUAUAGUGAGAAUUAGAUUAAAUAAGAUACUUUAUGUAAAAUGCUUAUAGGAGACCUGACACACAGUAUGUGCUAAUUAGAUUCUAGUUGAUAUUAUUAAGCUAAAAUUGUUUUGGGAAAAUUAGAUAUUGUUAAGCUAAAAUUGUGGGAAAAUUAUAUAUCUAUAUAUCGUAUAUAGGCAAGCCCUGGUUUCAGUGAAUCAAGUGAAAAAUCCAGACAUUUAAAGAUUAUUUGCUUUUUGAAAUGGAUCACCACAGAGCAUAUUUAAAAUAUAAAACCCUUGGAAUAUUUAAAUAUUUUAAUGAGUUAAUACUUAAAAAUACUCAUAUAGCAUUCACAAAGUACCUGUCACAUAGAAGUGCACAGUAAAUGUUCACCAUUAUAAUUAUCAUUCUGUAGAAUUAAAAUGAACACUUACAGAGCUACAAGCGUUGAGCCACUCACAAAAAAGUCAAUAAAACAUUAAAAGAAAAUAACUAUGCAAUUGUAAUGCUGGAAAAUAGAAAAUGCUAUUUAAUUACAUUUGUAUGCAACUGGGCAUAAUAAUAUUCUGUUCCAAGGGGUCAGAGGAAUAAAAGCAACCAGAAAGGACUGUUCCUAAAGAAGUUCCAUUUCAUUCCAUUUUAUCCUAAAAGGCACUGCAAAGAACGACCAUGACUUAAUCUAUUUAAAGACCUCCCAAUAAUCCAAUUUCACAGCUUCCUUUAUUGGCAUCCUUUCUUCUGAGUAAUUUUUCAAGUAUGACCACAAAUGCUGGAACUUAAUGAAUUAUAAUAAUAACCAAAACCAAACCCAUUGCUGUCGAGUUGAUUCUUACUCAUAGUGACCCUAUAGGACAGAGUAGAACUGCCCCAUGUGGUUUCCAGAGAGUGACUGGUAGAUGCGAACUGCUCACAUUUUGGUAAGCAGCCGAGCUCUUAACCACUCCACCACCAGGGCUCCAUAAUAAUGACAGUGAUAUUAUGUUGUAUGGUUCCUGCAAUCUUCCUCAAACCCUUUUUGGAAAUGUUGUUGUUGUGUGCCAUCGAGUCAAUUCUGACUCGUAGUGACCUAAAGACAUAGUAGAACUGCCCCAUCGGGUUUCCUCAGCUGUAAUCUUUAUGGGAGCAGACGGCCAGGUCUUUUCUCCUGCAGAGCCACUGUGGAGUCUAACCACCAACUUUUCAGUUAGCAGCUGAGCAUUUUAACCAUUGUGCCACCAGGACUCCUUUUUUUGGAAAUAGGUAUAAAUAAAAUAAAAUGUUAAAGGUGUGCUACCCAUGAUCCCUACUUUACUACAAAGAAAGAUGUGAUACUAGAUGUCUUGACAUUCGUAGGUGCCAUACUAGGAUUUAGGAAAUAUUUCCUUAACCUGGGACAGCCUUAAAUAUUAUAACAAAAGCAGUUGUAGGUUUAUAACUGAAUAAGUUACUUUCAUAUGUAAUUAAUUAACAGGGUCUGCCUUGUUACAAUGUGUCUAGAUCAUAUUCAGUUGAAUUAUAAAAAUCAAGCCCUACUUACCAGGAAGCAGUCUAGUGAUGUUACAGUACAAAAGCAGCCCUGUAGAGGUUGGCCCCUCUUCCGUGCCAAAGUGUGGCCUUAACAUGUAACAGUCUGUAUUUAAGUGGCAUUCUCCCCCACCCCCAGUGCUUUUAUGCGUUGUCUUAUUUUGUUGCUUAUGGCCCGAAAAGAAUAUUCACUAAACAGAGAUCUUAUUGGUAUUGAGUCGAUUCCGACUCAUAGUGACUCUGUAGGGCAGAGUAAAACUGCCCCAUAGGGUUUCAAAGGCUGUAACCUUGAUGGAAGCAGACUGCCACAUCUUCAUCCCUUACAGAGAUAGCCAAAGUUAUUUCUCAUCGCUUCUAUUAAAGAGCAGGGUGUGGCAGGGAAAGGACCAGAGAGAUACAAUCCAAACCACUGUAUGUCUUUAUAAUUGUAAUAAUAUUAUCACUUCCAUGGCAUUUUUGAUGUUCAAAGCACUUGUGAGGCUUGACACAAAGAUUAUAAUUACUUUCCUGGAGGUCAUUACAAAAUACUAUGUAAAUAAAUAAUUACUGACUUUGAAAAUGUAUUUUAUGUAAUUAUCCUACUAUGGAAAAAAGCAUAGUUGUUUACUGAGUCUAAUUCUUUGACUUGUGGAUCAGAGUAUGAGCAAUUGUUAGUCUCCACAAGGAGACUCUGCAUAGGUUUAUUCAGGGUGGGGGCACUACAGAUAACUCCUUCCCCGCCCCACUCACCUGAGUGAAGUGACAGAUUAGCAUCCGUUCGUACCACUCUUUCCUGUACGUGAGGUGCAAGGGAUUUACAUGGGCAUUUUCCUGUGGUCAUAGACAUGGUGCCCACGGGACCUCACUGAUGCUUUCUUGGAGGCCUUUUACAGAUUUAUGAUACAUUUAGUAAAGAUGCAUAAGGAAGGUCUAUGAAUACUGGUUGUGUCAGUUGUUCUGGCAGAGGUCACUAUAGGUUGUACGGAGGACUUUUCUUUGCAAUUGGGUUCUUUUUUUUUUUUUUACACAGGACAGAGUUAACAACUAUAAUCUUUCUGAAAACUCUUUUAUUCUUUUCUCUUCUAAGCACAUUGUCUUGAAUUUCCUCUUUCAAAACAUUUAAAGAUCAAAAAAUUCCACUUAAUCAGCUGCCUAGGACUAUUGAGGACGUCUCCAUUUUUAUGCCUCUCGUUUGCUAAACUAUAAUAUUUCCAAAGGUCAGCAGAAUAGGCGUUAGUCUAAUAAAUAAAAUAACUGAAAAAUCAUUUUACUACCACAAAAUCUAGAAAUUGCCAGUGGAAAAUUCUCACUUGAUCACGAAAAGUCCAUCAGGGGGAUUGUUUCAUGUAAUUGGCUAACCCAGUGGUAUUUGAUGUAGCUCAUUUUUAAAUAUCCCUUGUAACCAAGUUUCUAUCAAGUUUCCCAAGUCAAGGUUUUGAAACUAGCAGCUUCAGUAAUGUGCCAAGUAUAUGUAAACAUUUAUUUUAGCAGAGCCUCUCUUUCAACUCACAGGAGAGAGCAACCCCUUAAGAAAGGUUAAAAGGAAAACUCCAGCAAUUAGUGCUAAUAAACCAGAACGUUAAAGCAACCAUCAUAAAAACACUAGAACAUCUACUUUUCACUACAGACCGUUCCUUUUUUAAGAGCCACCUGUUUGGUAGACACACCUUUGCCGUGGCAGCCGUGGGCAAGUAAUGAAGUUUAAUAGGAGCCACUCUUAUUUUGAAGAAGUUCUCUGUUUAAAGCCACAGAGGGGGAAGUUAUUAAAUUUAAUGGACCCUAAACAAAAGCAAGCCCUGGGUUAACAACUGCAUGUUCAGUGCUCUUCUCUGUUAUAUUGACUUGAUUUGUUGGGUUAUCUUUGCAUUGUAUUAGUAGGGAUUCUUCAUGCUUUCUCACUAGCACUCACGUGGUUUUAUCUUAUUGCCCAGGGUCCAGAGUCAGGGCAUCCCCAGACUGUGAUUUACUUUAACUUUUGUUUUACUGGUACUAGGGACCAAAGAGAUGGUUUCCAUUCUCACCAGAUUAGUUGGAGAUAGUUGGCCCAGCUCACAAAGUUGACUAAGUUUGAUUGUAUGACUAGUUACUGUUAUUUGUAGCUAGCCUAAGGUUGCAAAGCUCAGAAUGAAACUUCUGUAUAUCGGUUGACACUGAUUUGAUACAUGGUUCUUGUGAGGAUUUAUUCCUGACACAUGUACAACCCACCCACACAUUGGAAAAAGAUUUAGUGAUGAAAGGAGCCAUGCUUAUCUAGGGAUGGCAAAGACAUAGUUAUGAAUUUUAUUGAAGCUUAACUGCAGUUCCCCCUUUCUUUUUAUAAUGGAAAACUUAGGAGCUUGAACCUUGUCACCAAAAGCAUUGGAGUUAAUUUUCUAGUGGCACAGUGGCUUCUGUGGUGCGCUGGGAUCCGAGAAGAGGGUGAGGGCAAUUUACUUCAGGAAACCUGAGUUUUAGUUUCAGUGUCCCUGAAGAUUCUUUACACUCGCCUCGGAUAAGCCAGUUAAUUUAUUGUAUCUCAGAGGCCCUGUGUAAAUGGAUUGCUUGAAGUUGCCCAUCGACGUGUCUCAGAGGUCCUGUAAGGAGUAAGAUGAUGCCUGUCCAGGGAUGUGUUGUCCUUAGGACUUUUAGUAAAGAAAGUUAGCAUUUACGAUAAAUGCUAGUGGAAAAACUAGGUUACAUGACUGGCUUCAAAAACUUAGAAACAUGCUAGUACGUUUUUAAAACACCAAGAGUGUUCUUCUUGCACCUAGAAAUACUGCCUCCCUGUUUACUUUUGUCACUUACUUAUAAUGACACUUCUCGUUAGAAAACCUUUUGCACGUUUCCUUCUUGGGGAGGAACUUCCUCUGUCACUGAAAUUGUCACCAAAUGGUCUUGAUUAUGGUUUUCUGCAUAUUUGGUCUAUUUUUUUUUAUUAAUUUUUUUUCUUUAGCUUUUCUCAUAGGCAAAUGCCCAAAUGUUUAUCUUUAGGUGGUCAUUCAUAUCAAUUCAAGUACAGAACAGACCCAGAUAAAAUGACAAUCCAUUCAUGUAGCUACUUAGCUGCCUCCCAAAAUAUUCAACUCACCUAGAUAAAAGGUGCGCCUUUUUUCUUCAGAACUUCUGGCAGGGGUGUCUAUAAUUUAAAGCACCACUUUUUGGGGCGUGGGGGGGAAUAUGGAACUGUUUAUAUUCCUUAAGUGUGCCAUGCUGUUUCAUGCUUCUGUGUCAGCCCCUCCUGUUGGUCCUUCUUGACCACCCCUUCCUCUGGGAAGCCUUCCUCAACCAUCACUUUUCUCAGAGUGAAUCACGCUCUCAUCUAUGCUCCUCUGUAUCUCAUCGCUCUACUACAUUUGCUGUUGUUAGGUGCCAACAUGCUGAUUUUCAACUCAUAGCAACUCUGUGUGACAGAGUAGAACUGUCCUAUAGGGUUUUCUUAGUUGUAAUGUUUAUGGAAGCAGAUCGCUAGGUCUUUUUUCCUACAGAGCCACUGGGUGGGUUCAAACUGUCCACCUUUCAGUUAACAGCUGAGCGCUUAACUGUUGUGCCACCAAGGCUCCUUCUGCACGUCAGACACAUCUCAUGUAUACUCAUCUUCCUUUAGUAUUUUAAUUUGAUUUAAUGCCUUUUUUAUAGGAGGUCAGCUUCUCAAAGACAGUGACAGUGUCUUACAUAUUCUUGAAUCCUUUUACUGUAGCACAGUUUGGGGCCCAUAGUAGGUGCUCUGUAAAUCUUUAAUGAAACAAGUAUUAGUGGGAAAAAAAGAUAAAAGAAAAACAGGAAGACAGGCAUGUAGAAGAAAAAAGGGGAAGGAAAGAGGAUUUUGUUCACCUGGAACAACAAGGAAAGGGCAAGACAAUAGAAACUUCUUGCUGAUAAGGACAGGAAAUAGCACAGUAAGAGUGUGCAUAAGCAGUACAUAUUUUUAUCUCCAAGUCCUUUUGCAAUGUGUUUCGUAUUUAGGAUACAUAUCAAGUCUGCAUCUGUUUCCAGACUUGCUGCUAACAGUUAGUAAGAAUGCCAACACAUACUUUAGGUCCAGCUUGAAACCAAAUGACCAAAUAGAAUUUUUGAAAUCUAUUUUAUGGUCUGACAUUGAUUAUAGCCAUCGUGUAAUACAGCGUUGAAGUCUUUUCUGAGAAAGUGAUUGAAAUUGUAUCAACUAAGUUGUAAAUCGAAGCAAAGAUAGUCCUCUAAAACAAAGCAGCCAUUUCUCACCAAGUCUUCCAGGCUGAAUUUUUCCUGUACCUUCCCUUCCUUUUUUAACCGUUUCUGUAUGAUGUAGUUUCAUGUCCUUUCACUGUCCUGGUCAGUGAUCCCUGGACACACUGCAGUUUGUCAGUGUCCCAGUUACAGCCUGCCACCCAGAUCCAAGCUCCUUUAUUCUUGCCUCUGAACUAAAAUGGCCUUAGUUCUUUUGGUAGCCAUAUUACUCUGUUUUCUCAUAUUUGCCACUUAAUGUCAAGCUGCAUUUUUUCCAUUUCUUUACUUUUAGAGUUGUUUUUCUUUAGAUCCAGGGAUUUUUUUCUUCUUAGAACUUGUGGUAAUGAAAGUUUGGCUAACCAGAUAAAUGCUGACGGAAAAACUAAGUUGCAUCAUUAACUUCAAAAAAUAUAGAAACCUACUAUCCAAAACCUGUUGCUGUCGAGUUGAUUUUGACUCAUAGUGACCCUAUGGGACAGAGUAGAACUGCCCCAUAGAGUUUCCAAGGACCACCUGGUGGAUUUGAACUGCUGACCUUUUGGUUAGCAGCCAUAGCUCUUAACUAUUAUGCCACCAGGGUUUCCUAGAAACAUGCUAGUACAUUUUUAAAACACUCAGGAAUGUGCAUCUUGCCUGUGAGAAUGCCAUCUCCCCAUUUCCUUUUGUCUUUCCAUAAGUUGAUUCUUUAAAGCUAUCCCUGCUAGGUUUUAUCUUAUUAAAUUCAGGUAAUAGUUGCUGCCUGUCAAGAACUGUUUGGAUCUUAAUUAAUGUUAUACAGUAUAUUUGCUGCCUCUCAGCAUUCCUUCCUAUGUGGGCGGCCUUUCUUCAUUUCAGUCAUUCCGAGUCAGCUCAACAAAUAUCUGGUACAGACUUAAAAUGUGCUUAGGCAGGCAAUGAAUAACAAGAAGACACGGUCUCUGCCCUUGGGAAGCUUUCAGUCCCCUUUAGCAGAGUUGAUACAAUUACAUUGUGAUACCAGACCAUGGAGAUGCCAAAAUACUCGACGGUUGUUCAGGAUUCUGGAGAAAGGAGAUCUCUUUUGCCCCUUGGCUUUAUUCAUUCAAUUCCAUAACUAACUUACAGCCAUCUCAUUUAGGAAAUUAAAAAAAAAAAAGUCAAUUUCAUUCUGCUCAGAUAUACCUUUACUCUGAAUGACUUUAAAAAUUACAUUUGUAACUUAAAAAAAAUUGCAUUUGUUGAAGUGUGCGACUUCAUAAGUUUUCUUAAGAUGUGGCAAGAGUGUAUAAGAGCUUGUCUUUUCCCAGAUAGAUUGAAAGCUUCCCUAGGCCAAGGGCCUGGCCUUCUAAUCCUUGGCUAUCUCUCUGUAACUUCUCAUUUCAUGCUCUGCAUGUAAUCUGCGUAUGGAACCUUCUUGCACGUAGCAGAAAGGCCUACCCGACAGUCAGUGCUGCAUGCUUGACGGUUACCUGUCCUGGACUGGCAUUAGGAAUUGGCUAAUAGAUCUCGAAGUAGAACUGUGUAGGAGAUUGAGGAAAUUGCCAUUUAGCCUAAUUUCAUAUUCCAGAUACAUAAGUACAGCCCUAGCAUGUGAUGUCUUAUGGAAUUUGCCAAUAUCUGUAAUAAAUCUCUGAUAAAGCACUGUUAGCUGUAUGCUUUAACAUAUACAUUUAAAUAUGCAUGUAUUCUCUCUUCAGCACAUUUAGAAUACAUAUACAUGUAAAUAUUCUUCACAGGUCUAUUAAUUGUGAUAUUAAUAAAUAUCAGCCAAGGCAAUAAUUAUUUUUUCAGAAGAAGCAGGACCACUGAAACCCGUAUGUUUUACUAUUAUUAUUUUUUACUUCGCCGAGCACUGAUUUCCCAGGAAAUGUUAAUUGACCACUGGGUUUGGUAAAAGAAGGGAAAGAGAAACUACAUGAUUAUUUUAAGUUAGUUAUUAGGUUUGUUAGUACAUAGAAAAAAUUGUCAGGGGAGCCAUAGAAGGAUACAAUUGGAAGAGGUAGCUAAAUAAGUAAGAAGCCUUUUUAUUAUUAAAAUCUUACAUGAUAAAAAGCAAAUGACAACACACUUUAAUUUGAAUUGUUCAAAGUCAUUUGUGGACAAGCCUUUAUUUUGAACAGUGUUGAAAUAAGUAGUCAUUUUUGGACUUCUUUUUGUUUGCUUGUUUGUUUGUUUUUCCCUGCAAAGUAAACGGGUAGGCAUAUAUUAUUAAAUUAGGUCAGAAUUUAAAUGACUUGGUCUGAGACAAAUUUAGGAUCCCAUUUGACUAUGCUGUCUAAAUUACUUUUUGGAUAAUGACUCUCAAGAAGUUUAUGAAUCUCAGAUCAUGAAAAAGUCAAGUAAAAAAUGAAAACAAACACACAAAAUCUCUGCUUAGGCAACACUGUCCGUAAAUAUCUCAAAGGAUUUCUUUAGCAGGAAUGUGGUGUAUUUUUUUCAGAGAGACUGGCGUUAAGUAACCAAUCUAGAAAUGCAGCCAAGCACAGCACACCUGGGAGAAGACGAGUGUUUCUGUGUGCAACCAAAAUGGUCACCGUCCUAGCUUCCCAUUGUAAUGAGUAAUAAUGCCAUAGUUAAUGAAAUAAUAAUAGCAGAUGUAAUGAUGGUUAUAAACACACUUGACCUUGUGCCAAGGAGAGCAGUGAUUCAUGAUGUAUCAAUAAUAAACCCAUUUAUGUGGUCACAAUAAAUCCACACAUAAUUAAGAAGAACCCUUUCUAACUAGAAACCACAAAGAAAAUAAAAACAGGCUUUGGAAAAGAGGAACAAUUCUGAUAAUCGUGCGAUGGUGCUUAUCAUUAAAACAAAACAGAAACCAAAUCCAUAAGUUCCCAACUACAGCUUAGGAAAACACUACGUUCUCAUUGUGGCUUAUAGGUAUGGUGGAGAGUUGACCUAAAAUAUUCCAAAAAGGAAAGAGUUUGACACUCUAGGUAGUUAUACAGAGAAAAUUAAAGUUGUUCUCUGACCUUCAAAGUGGGCAAGUAUCAUAGGUAUCUUCGGAAGGCUUAACAAAACUUCGAAUAGCCACUUUAAUCCAGCCAACGACUAAAUUACAUAAAUUGGGGCAUACAUCCAAAAGGAAGCCAACACUGGUAAAAUAGCAUUUGCUCAGUAAAACUGUGUUGAAUUGAUUUAUCAGGAAAACAUUUAUUUCAAGGCCCACACAUGCAGCAUAAUGACUAGUAUGCACACCGUCCUUGGUGGUGUGUUGGAGAUUGCACUUGGCUGGGCAUUGAGGAACCUGUCUUCCAAUUUUGGACGUACCUCUGAGUUCUUGAGCAGGUCACCUAACUUCUCUGGGUCUUAGUUACCUCAUGUGAAAAUGAAGUAGUUGAGCUAGAUGUUCUCCAAGGUAUCGUAAAGCUUUGAAUGUCUGUGAUUCUAAAAUUAGGCCUGAAAGGGUAGGUUUUCUCACAGAAAAGAUUUAGUGAUCAACCAGCACGUCAGAAAACUAAAUACCACUGUCCGUAAUAACAAUAAGGAUUAGUGUAGCCAUUGACUUAUAAAUUAAAUUAACAGGAACAGCUACUACAGAUGCCAAGAAAAGCUUUGUCUUGUGCUUCAGUUUAUUCUGAUGAGAUGCAACCUAAGAUUGGCUAAUUAAUGCCAGAACUUUACAUUUAAACCUUCACACCUGAGCAUAGCAGAACCUCAGUUUAAGAUGAAGCCUCAUAUAUGUGCGUGUGUCAGAGUCUGCAGACAGAUUUUGAAACUCCAGAUUUAAUUGAAAAUUAAGGAACUGUUUUAUUGACUUUUUUUUCAUUGUGCUUUAGAUGAAGGUUUAUAGAGCAAAUUCGUUUCUCAUUAAACAAGUAAUACACAUAUUGUUUUGUGACAUUGGUUGCCAUCUCCCUGGCAUGUCAACACUCUCUCCCUUCUUGACCCUGAGUUCCCCAUUAUCAGCUUUCCUGUUCCCUCUUGCAUUCUCGUCCUUGCACCUGGGUUGAUGUGCCCAUUUAGUCUCAUUUCGUUUUACAGGCCUGUCUAAUCUUUGGCUGGAAACCUUGAUGGCGUAGUGGUUAAGAACUCAGCUGCUUACCAAAAGGCCGGUAGUUCAAAUUCACCGGGCACUCCUUGGAAAUGUUAUGGGGCAGUUCUACUCUGUCCUAUAGGGUUGCUAUGAGUCAGAAUUGACUCCAUGGCAGUGGGUAGUAGGUAGCUAAUCUUUGGCUGAAAGGUGAACCUCAGGAGUGACUUCAGUACCGAGUUAUUAAAAGGGUAUCCGGAGGCCAUACUCUUGGGGUUUCUCCAGUCUCUAUCAGGCUACUGGUCUUUUUUUGUGAGUUUGAAUUUUGUUCUACAUUUUUCUCCAGCUCUAUUUGGGACCCUCUAUUGUGAUCCCUGUCAGAGCAGUCAGUGGUGGUAGCCGGGUACCAUCUAGUUUUGCUGGACUCAGUCUGAUGGAGGCUGUGGUAGUUGUGGUCCAUUAGUCCUUUGGACUAAUCUUUCCCUCUGUCCUUGGUUUUCUUCAUUCUCCCUUGCUCCAGUUUAUUGACAUUUUUAACAUAUCCCUGUGUGGUUUUAUGUGACUUCACUGUGUUACACACUUUUCACUGAGAAUGAUUAUGAAGAUUUCUCUUACUGGAGAAGUGAGAAUCUUAUAAGCUAAGGGUUACUGAAAUAAAAGAAUAGGUGAGGUCUGUUCAUAAUACAAUAAAUGAGAUCAGGUACUAGGCUUUCUAUAUUAAGAAAUUAGAUAUAUUCAGAGAAAAUAUUGAAUCAUAAAAACGUUCCUUUUGGUGAAACAUUGCUAUCAUCGUGUUUUAUGAUCAUAAGAUUAAAAAGCUUUAUUAAUACAAAUAAUUACCAACUUUAAUUCACUUGUUCUCUAAGCACUGUUACAGCCACCAGGGAUACAGUGAUGAACAAGACAGCAAAGCUCAUGGAGCUUUUUCUCCUGACCUGUGGCAUGGUGAUUAAACACUCAAUCUUUGGAACCAGGCUCCUUGGUUUAAAUCCAUGUUUCUUCACUCACUACCUAUGUGAUCUUGGAGAAAUUAAAGAUUACUUAGCUUAUCUUUAGCUUAGUUUCUUUAUCUGUAAAAUGGGCAUAUAAUAAUACUAAUCUCAAAAGGUUGUUAUAAGGACUAAGGAUAGUUAAUAUGUGUAAAGCUCUUAGAAUACUGUCUGGCACUCAAUAAAUGCUAGCUAUUUCUGGGAAAGAGUGGGCAAUUAAAAAUAAGAAAAUAUUAUCUAGGGAGUGUACUCUGAAGAAGUAAAAUAGGGGGCUACAAUGAGGGGAAAACAUUUGAGCUGAGAUCUCUGUAACAAGGAGUUAGGCAAGGAGGAAGACAGAGGGCAUUCCAGGCAAUGGGAGAAAGUAGUACAAGAGCCUGUCAACCAGUAAACUAGUUGCCAUUGAAUUAAUUCCAACUCAUGGUGACCUCAUGGGUGAUCAGAGUAGAACUAUGUUCCACAGGGCUUUCAAUGGCUGAUUUUUCAGAAGUAGAUUACAAAACCUUUUUUUCAAAGGCACCUCUGGGUGAACUCAAACUUCCAACCUUUCAGUUAACAGCCAAGUACAUUGACUGUUUGCACCACCUGCAAGGGCCCUUGAAUGGGAAGAAAUUGGAAUGUGUAAAGAAAGACGCCCCGUGACUGGAAUGUAUAGAAGAUGAGAUCAAGUCAGAGAGAUGGGUUGGGUCUGGGUCAUGCAGGGUCUCUGCUGGUCAGGGUCAGAAGUUUGGACUUGCCAUUAUGUGACACAGUGAGCCACUGGCCAUUGUAAGCAGGGUCAUGAUAUAACCAGAUUUCUAUUUUCAAAAAGUCACUCUGGGUAUUGAUAGAAAAUUCUAAGAGGAAAAGAGAGCAAACAAGGAGUGUGUUGGGAAGCGGUGGCAAUCACUUGGUAAGAGGAUGUGGGGGGAUGAUGACACUCUGAAUUGGAGAGAAAGCUAGAAUAUUUUGCUUAUAUCAUCGAAAUAAUAUUAGUAACAUUUCCCCUACAUGUUACUUUACUUUAAAAUGGAUAAUGCUGCAUCUUAUAAAAUUUUAGUUAGUAUCUAGACACUGUUCAUAUACCCCAAAGUGAAGUGGCAAUUCAGGAAUUAAUUAAUUAGGUGAAUUUUCUAAAAUUCAGACCAGAAACCCAGUUUGGGAGUCAAAAUGUUUGAUUUGGUUGUUUUUGUUGACACAUUAAUCUGAAUAUUUCCAGUAGCUUCCCUUCCCUGGCAUAGUGCAAAACCAGAUUUCAGUGCCGUGAAGUUCAAUGAUGAGAUUAAUUUUAACAACUCAGCUGGCAUUAUAUUUUCUACUCAUCCUCUUAAAUUCCAGGUAGUGUGUAAAGUGAAGCCAGGGUCGACACCAUCACUUGUCAGCCCUGUGAAUGUAGCUAACCCAGGAUAACUUCUUCACAGCAGAUAAGUAAUUGGGAUAUAUCUUACACUGGAAUGAAUUUGGUUUGAUAAGGGAUGAGGAACUUGUUCUAAGCAGAAUCUCAUAACCACAAGCUAAGGUUAAAGGAAAAAUCUUUAAAUAGUAUCACUCCCUCCUCAGACCCUUUAACAGUGUCCUAAGGAGAGAUUAUUCCCCCCAAAAGCUUCAGCUUGGGGCUCAAGAAAUUAGUUUUCAAGGUCUUAUGAAGAUAAUGGUUUUUCUUACAUUUCUUGUUUGAAAAAUAACAAGAGUCUUGUUCUCCUGGGACAUGAGCUUCCUCUUUUUCUUGGAAUCCCAAAGUGUAGAGGUGUGUGUCCUGAAAACCAUUGGAACCAUUUGGUUUGUUAGUUUGUUUUAAAGGAAAGGAGAGCAGUAAAAUCUAGUUGGGGGAACACAUUCCCCUAGUGAUCUAAUCUACUUAAAAUUUAUCUGAGGGGUUUAUUUUGAGUUUUGAGUCCUAAGGACUAAAAAGAAGAUACAUUUCAAAGGACAUCAGCAUCUCUUAGAUGGAAAAUCCGGAAUAAUCCCAAAGGCUCUGAAAACUCUGUAGAUUGGAGCUCUGGAUGACAGGUUGGCUCUUCCUCUGGCUGUCAGACCCAUUUUUAACCUUUCUCUCCGGCCUUUUCAUUCAGAAGGGUACAGCAAGACAGAAUAGAAGUCAGAAGAUUUAAUAGGAAGAAAAUGCAAAAGUAGAGUGAGCAAAUGACAGUUAGUACGCCACUGGAAAAAAAGAGAGCCAUUAUUUAAAGGAAUGAACUUUAAAGACAGUGUAUUUUAUUGGAAAGAGGCAGCUCAUGAGCUAAGAGAUCUGAGUCCUGGUGGUAUAAAAAAAAAAAAAAAAAAUAGACGUAUAUAAUUAAUUCCCCUCCUCUGUCAGAUGAGAGGCUGGACUUGACCAUACUCUUGGUCCCCUACAGUCUUAAGGCUUUGGUACUCUUCCUUUUCAUUUUAACACUGCAGUGUAAUAGUAAAAAAUCAUGGCAAAAGUGGGUAAGGAGAUAGAUAACUAGGUAUAUAUUUAAGGACCUUAAAACUAGAAAACUGGAGAUGUGGUUGUGUUUCAGCCCAUUUGCAGACUUUCUAAGCUAGUGUUGGAAGUGUCAGUGUUGGGCUUGCAAGUGGCUCCCUGCAAAUGGCUGAGUCACGUCACCCUGCUCUUCUUUGCCAUGCUUCUUGAUAUCUAAAGGAAAAAACUCAAAACUAUUUCACCAAAGUGAACCUCACCAAAGGCUUUCUCUACCCACUUAUCAAUAAGAAGGUAAAGUUUCAAACCACAAAAUAUAGAACUUUGGGGAAAAAAAAAAUCCCCCUAAAAAUUUGCAAAAAUCAAAUAAGCAAUACCAUUUUAGGUUAUGUAAAAGGCAAACUGAAGCCAUUUACAUUGAGGUAGAACUCUUCAGUUACCUAAAAAUGUGGCAAGCAAGUAUACUUCAACAAAUAUAACAAAUAAGCAGGUUAGCAUGCUGGAAAUACAGAAAGAAUAGAGACUUGUACAACUAAAAUCUGUGAGUUAGGGCUGUUCAGCACCUUACAAAUAACAUUGAUAUAAAGAGGCCCGUGGCCCUGUGCAGUUAGAUGACAAGUGGACUCUUGCGAUAGGUCUAGCUGCCGUCUCCAGAAAAUGCUGGCCUAACGGCUGGGUCAGCCAGAGAGGUAGAGACCAGGCAGAUGCAACAGAACAUGGAGAGGAAAACUGAAGACACCACCAGGAAGGAGCCACCUAGGGGAAGCUUAACUCUUUAGUUUCUCUGCUUCAGAAACUAGGGACAUUAAAAAGAGCUAGGACACUAGGACUAUAUGUAACAGUGGCUUUCUGAUGAUAGGUAUUACUUAAAACUUACAGAUAAAGAACUCUAUCUCAGAACCUAAGUCAGAUCAGGAACAGAAGGAAAUGGGAGAACAAGGAAUUAUGUCCAAAACAAAACAAAAUAAAAAACUCGAACCCAUCGCUAUGGAGCAGAUUCCGACUCAUGGUGACCCUACAGGACAGAGUAGAACUGCUCCAUAGGGUUUCCAAGGAGCAGCUGCUGGAUUCCAGCUGCUGAUCUUUUGGUUAGCAGCCAAAUGGUUAACCACUGUGCUACCAGGGCUCCAACUAUGUCCAAAGGAAUUAGUAAAAUAAGGGCAUAGCAGGACUUAGCAUUUGCUCUAUUUAGUAUUUGCCCUAUUUAUACUUAGUACUUACUGAGUAGCCUAUGUUUAUGCUUGAUGCUGGUCAGAGAACCCAAAAUAAAAUAAAAUUUGCCCUAUUUAUACAGGAGUAACAGGAAUCCUGGUGGCACUUGGCUGCUAACCUAAAGGUUGGCGGUUUAAACCCACCAGCCGCUCUGCAGGAGAAGAAUAAUGGCAGUUUGCUUCCCUGAAGAUUUACAGCCUUGGAAACCCUAUAGGGCUGUGCUACCCUGUCCUAAAGGGUUGCUAUGGGUUGGAAUCGACUCAAUGGCAAUGGGUUUAUAAAGGAGUAAGCUAAUUUUCCAUAGAAACAACUUUGGGUUCCAAAUAAUGUGCUUUUCCCACUGUGCUUUGUAACAGGAGCCUUCAUAUCAGAACAAGAUAUCGCUACAAAAGCCUGCUGGGUAUCAUCUUAAGAGGGAUUUUUAUCACACUGGUCUUUCCAGGCUAUACCUGGGAACACCACCAAUAAUCCUUACGAAGUAGCCAAAGUUUAUGCUUGAUGCAGGUCAAAGGACCCCAAAUAAAGUAUAAUUCACCAAAUUCCCAGCCAGAAAUAACAGUGAAAAUAAUCUACCUCUCGAUUUUGUAGACUUUAAUUUUUUUCUAGAAGUUAAAUAUAUGCAUAAUAACAAAAUGUUAGCACUCUAAAGUCUAUGUUGUUAUAUGAGGGCCAAAAACCUUAAAGACAGUACCUAAAUUAUGCAUAACCAUACAGUCAUGCGUUGCUUAACAUCCACGAAAUGUUACGUGAAAUAGCAGGUUAUGUGUUUUGGAUGUAGUGUGAACACCGAUUAUAUACACCUACUUCUCACUUAUCAACUAUCUCGUUAUCUGACAUUUUGCAUUUAUGACAAUAGACAAAAACUAUCAUUGGGGUAUUUUGUGCGUCAA